AUGCGGCUCGCAUACUACGCUGGCGCCAGCACUUUGGCGGCGGCAGCAUGUCUUCUAAAGGCCUUCUCGCAGCGACCGAACUUCUACUCGGCAACCGUUUAUCUCUCGCAAUCCAAUGCCUGCCUACUCAUUCUCACGAACCUGCUGCUCUUGUUAAGCACCUCCUUCCUCUACCUCCUCCAGCGCCUGCUCUAUGGGCCCCUCCGACCAAUCGAAAUCGAACAGCUUAGCGAAAAGGCCUGGUAUGCUGUGCUCGACACUCUGCUCGCUAUGCCGAGCUUUAGAGAGGACGUCGGCGGCAGAUUACUAGUCAUGUUUGUGCUCCUCCUCGCAGGCAAGGUGUGGGGUUGGAUCGGAGAAGGAAGAGUAGACGUGUUGGAGCAGGGACAAAUGAUGGGAGGGGCCAAUAAUAAACUGUUCCAUGCACGACUCGCCACGAGCUUGCUUAUCUCAUUGGCAUUUGCGACCGGCAUGUUCAAAUACUGCUUGGAAGUGGUGAUCGAGGACCCGAGGCCCGGCAUGAUGGUCAUAUUCACCUUUGAAUUUGCCAUUCUAUGUGUCUUCAGCUUGUUUACAGCCAUCAGAUAUGGCCUUGCGGUUUGGGAGAUCAAAGUGACGAAAGAGCAGACGACCGCCGCCAUCGAACAGAGAAAAGAGGAGAUCAAAGCGGAAAGAGCGGCAGCGAUUGCGAAGGCGAGGGAAGAGGAUAGAGAGAUCCCGACAUUCGAUGAGCCGAUUGAUGUGGACGAAAAUGAAGUCGAUGUGCCGGGAUGGGAGGACAAGAGAAGGGUGCUGUUCGUCGUGGAGGUGGUCACAGACUUUGUCAAGCUGGUCAUCUACAUCUUCUUCUUCACGGUCAGCGUCACCUUCAACGGGCUUCCCAUGCAUAUCAUGAGGGACGUCUACAUGACAUUUGCCAGUUUCAGCAAGCGAGUGACGGACUAUAUGGCGUACCGGAAAGCAACGAGCGACAUGAAUACGAGAUACCCAGACGCUACGACGGCAGAAAUCAGAGGCGAUGCAUGUAUUGUGUGCAGAGAGGAGAUGGUCGCCUGGGCUGAAGGAGAGCCACAAGCUGCUGCACCGGUCGCGGGUGCAGAGGGACAACCAGCUGCCGCACCAGCUCCAGCACCAGCACGAAGGAGGGAUGAAGGAAUGCGCGCAAAGAAGCUUCCUUGCGGACACAUUCUGCAUCUGCGAUGCUUAAAGGCAUGGCUGGAGAGACAGCAAGUAUGCCCAACAUGCCGAAGACCUGUGGUAGCAGCAACGCCUGCUAACGCAGGAAAUGCCGCUGCUCCAGCUCAAAAUGGCCAGCCUGGACAGCAGCCACCAAGACCGCGAGGCAGAAUAUUCAAUCUCGGGCCACUGCGCAUAGGAAUGGUGAACGCGCCGCGAGGGCAAAUACAGAACGUCCUUAACCAGAUUAGAAACGGCGACGCGCAAGCUGUACAGCAAGCAUUGGACCCAGCAGGAAAUCCCGUCGCAGGCGGCGCGGGUCAGCAACAGCCAGCUGCUGGACGACCGUGGAACGCAGGAUCGCAAGUGCCAACGCACAUUCAACUGCUCCAGCUCGAACAAAGAAUCGUGCGGGAAGCCCACAAUCUCGGCAUCGAGCAACAGCAACUGAACACCUUGCGCAUGAUGGAGGUCGAAUUGGCAAGACUACGUUCACAACACAUCUCGGCUCCGCCUACUGGCAUAACCAGAUACCCGAUGCCAGGCUUCUCGCCGCAACAUCAGCCGCUCCCCAGUCAGCUGCACGGCAAUCCGAGUCAGCAGAUGAGCAGCGGGCACGAGCACCUUCCGCCAGGUAUGGUGUUACCAGAGGGCUGGACUGUCCUUCCGCUGCAGCCCGCGAUGAAUCUUGCUGCUCCACAGCAGAGCAUUGGCUUAUCGGGGCCACGUGUCUCCAACACUGGCGGAGGAGCGCAAGCCGCAUCGCGCGCUCAGGAUUCAGCGUCUGCUCAAUCUCAAUCUGAGAUGGUCAGCUCGCAGGCUCCCGCAUCCGUGGCGCAGAAUGAAGGUCAACCGAGUAACCCAGAUCCACAAGGUCCAGUUGACGAGCGAGGAUCGCCGCUCUUCGUGCCGACAAAUACUUUACCAGCGCAAGAUAACCCAUCAAUUACGCAGUCACCCGAUGAUGCUGUGUUGCGUGCUGCUGAAGAACGAGGCGAAGCCGCAGGUCGUAAAUGGGCGGCUGCUUUUGCAAGCUCCAGUGACUCGGCUUCUCUUCCGAACACAUCCACACGUGGCCGGAGUGCGGCCGGCUCGCCAGGACCAGGAGAGCUCGUAUCUGGUACGACGCCCAAUCAAGCGCCUUCGCAGACACAAACGCAGACACCAUGGAAUAAUAGCGGUUGGUCGUUCAACGACCAGUCUCAGCAAGAUUCGCAGCCCGAGGUGAAGCAGUCAGCGAUGUCAGUCAACUCCUCGUCACCGAUCACUCGAAGUGCAAACCAGGACGAUCCCGAGCAGAGUCAAAGCUACAGUGGCAAGGGCAAGGCUAAAGCGGUAGAGGUGGAAGAUGUCCCAGAUCCCGAGGCUUGA